UCACGCUUCUCCGCAAUCGAGUUGACACUGUGGUCCCCAAAAUGUUCCACCAGGAGAUAUUUUGGGGGCAGCAAAGUCAGAGGGACCUCCCAGAGCAGAUGGAGGAGUUGACACACGUGAGUAGAAGUCACAGAGCCCCUUCCUCGGCCCUCUUCAAAAGAAACGACUCUCCCGCAUUUAUUUCAGAGUCUAGAGGAAGUUGACAGGGUCACGGUGGCACAGCACAACAUGUGGUGGGGAGUUCUCAGCCUGCUGUCUUGGCUCCCUUUACAAGACACCUUUCUGAUUAACCACACUGAAACCAUCACAGUGGAGGAAGGCCAGAUGCUCAUUCUCAAGUGUGUCACUUCUCUGGAGAAGAACGUCUCCCUUCAGUGGCUGGCACCCUCGGGCUUCACCAUUUUUUUAAAUAAGAAUCCUGCUUUAAAAAACUCCAGAUACCGGCUUCUUCAUCAUUCAGCCACUCAGCUGUCCAUCAGUGUGCCCAGCGUCUCCCUACAAGAUGAGGGAGUGUAUAAAUGUUUACAUUACAGUGACUCAGUGAGCACAAAGGAAGUGAAAGUGAUCGUGCUAGCAACACCUUUCAAGCCAACCCUGGAAGCUUCAGUUAUCAGAAGUCUGAACAGAGCAGAACAUGUUGUACUUACAUGCUCCACCAAGAGAAGCAAGCCCCCUCCACAGAUAACCUGGUUACUGGGGGCCAACAUAGAGAUCUACAGUGGAACUCACCAUGAAUUUGAAACUGAUGGAAAGAAGUGUAAUACCACCAGCACGCUAAUCGUGCACUCAUUUCACAAAAACUCAACCGUGGACUGUAUCAUCCAACACACGGGCCUUCAGGGGAGAAAACUGGUUGUGCCCUUCCGGUUUGAAGAUUUGGUUACUGAUCAAGAGACAGAUUCAAAUGCUCCAGGGACAAGCUCUCUCUCCUGUCCAGACCUUCAGCAGCCCACAAGUAUUGUUUCAAAAAUGGAAAAUUCCAGUACGCUGGAGAUUAGCGAGAAAGAAAAAGAAGAAACGACUCAAGAGUCUGACUUGGCCAGUGAAGCAAAGCCUCAGCAUCUAGGAUUGGCCAGGAAGAAAAGCGGCAUCCUGUUGCUCACACUUGUGUCCUUCCUCAUCUUCAUCCUCUUUGUCAUAGUGCAGCUCUUUAUAAUGAAGCUUCGGAAGGCACACGUGGUCUGGAAGAAAGAAAAUGACAUUUCAGAACACACCGUAGAAAGUUACAGAUCAAGGUCAAAUAACGAAGAAACGUCUUCCCAAGAGAGAAAUGGCCAAACUUCCCACUCUAAACGUUGCAUGAACUACAUUGCAAGGCUGUACUCAGAAGCAAAAACAAAGAAGAAUGUGCAGCAUUCACAAUUAGAAGAAAAGUGUACUCACAUCCCAGAGAGUAUUGUGUAGUGUUCCCUGUGACAGAAGACAGGCUUUCAGAGCAACAUCAUUUUCAGUAGAGCA